AUGAACUUUGUAUUUUUGAUUAAACCUUUUAUAUUUUCCUUAAUAAUAUGUUAUGAAUAUUACCAAAAUGAUGUGAAUAAGAGCGAACAUGUAUUUAAAAAACACAAUGCGGCAAUUACAUUGCCAUCAAGAAUUAAUAGAUUAUUAGCAGAAUAUGGAGCAGGACCAACCACGAAUUCUCUAAGUUUACGUCGCCGGAAAAAAAAGGAAUUUGACACCGAAUCACAAAAAAAAAAUUUGGAGAAAUAUAUAAAUGAAAACGAUAUUGUUAAUUUAGAAAAUUAUAUAAAAGAAAAUACGAAUAUUAAUAAUAAUAAUAUGAUUGAUAAUGAUAAUGCUAAUAUGAUUGAUAAUGAUAAUAAUAAUAUGAUUGAUAAUGAUAAUAAUAAUAUGAUUGAUAAUGAUAAUGCUAAUAUGAUUGAUAAUGAUAAUGCUAAUAUGAUUGAUAAUGAUAAUGCUAAUAUGAUUGAUAAUGAUAAUAAUAAUAUGAUUGAUAAUGAUAAUAAUAAUAUGAUUGAUAAUGAUAAUAAUAAUAUGAUUGAUAAUGAUAAUAAUAAUAUGAUUGAUAAUGAUAAUAAUAAUAUGAUUGAUAAUGAUAAUAAUAAUAUGAUUGAUAAUGAUAAUAAUAAUAUGAUUGAUAAUGAUAAUGCUAAUAUGAUUGAUAAUGAUAAUGCUAAUAUGAUUGAUAAUGAUAAUGCUAAUAUGAUUGAUAAUGAUAAUAAUAAUAUGAUUGAUAAUGAUAAUAAUAAUAUGAUUGAUAAUGAUAAUAAUAAUAUGAUUGAUAAUGAUAAUGCUAAUAUGAUUGAUAAUGAUAAUAAUAAUAUGAUUGAUAAUGAUAAUUCUAAUAUGAUUGAUAAUGAUAAUAAUAUGAUUGGUGAAGGUAAUAAUGCUGAUGAUAAUGAUGAUUAUGAUAUAGAAUCUGAGGAAGAAGGAUAUUCUUCGAAUUACCAAACAUACAAUAAACGAGAUAUCUUAACAAAUGACUAUAUACCAAAACACGGAUCUUUUUUGGGUUUUAAUAAAAAGAAAAUGAAAAAAUAUUUGACCGACACUCAUAUACCAUCAGGAUUUAUUGGUGUUUCAACUUUUGCGAUUGGCCUUCCAGUUAGCCAAGUAUUGAACGCUAAUAAAUUUGCUCCUGCUAUUGCUUCUAAUUAUGUUUUAACCUUAACUACACUUUCAUAUUUAGUAAGACUAAUUUAUAAGGCAUUCUUUAAUACUAGAAAAGUAAAUAUUUAA